AUGGGUUGUGGAGCAUCUAAAGCGGGUCCUUGCAUUCCCGUUCAAGUUCCCUGCACCGGUAAGGCAAGGAAAAAACAUUUAAAGUGAUCCCUUUUCUAAAAACUGCUUGAGGUUAAAUUUUUCACAUAAAUUUGUAUGCCGCGUCGUCCACUUGAUGUAGGCUUGCCUUGUACAAGUACAACUCCCUUUGGAGAAUUCAGAUUUUUCAGUCCACAAUUUACAUAAUCAAAGUAGUUUAAUUAAUGUGAAAGUGGACCAUUGCAAGACGAAAGGGCGAAAAAUUUUAUUCUUAAAAGCAUCAGAAUUCGCCCGAAAGAACACAAAUGAACUGAGACGUCUUUUACCACGGUUCUCAAAUUGAAAGAAGAUUCAAACAAGUUAAUAAAUUUCCAACUAAAAAUCAGUAACUACAAAAAAAAGAAACGAAUUGGCAUUUGCGUUCUCUUGUUUUUCUGUAAGUAUCAGCUACAAACUUUUUUCUUGCUUUACAGGUAAGAGUCCAAUCAGGUUGAACAGCACACCAACGAAAAACAAUAAAACAACUAAGCCCUUGCCGAAAACAACAAAGGCGGCAGAGUUACGAAGACAGGCCAAUGAAGCCAAACUUAGUAAGUUUUGAUUUAGUAAAGUAGUAAAUCAGUUGAUCAUAUAAUUCCUUGAUAGAAAUAUUUUAAUUUUUGUAAUUUUUCAGUGAAACGAGAAAUUUUUCGCGACACUUUCACAUUUGAGCAUGGAAUAUAUUUUCAUGUUGGGCUAUCUGUAUAAUUUUUCGCACAUUAUCUUUUCUGAGUCUCAAGAUUUGUUAUUUAAUCUCCAAAUACUAAAAGAAUUUUUUACGAUGAAAAUCUCCGGGUUAAUUUUCGUAAUAUUUUAAGCUCCUUACAGCCAUUCUGCAACACUGCCUGAAAAAUUCAGCCCGGUAGACAAUAUAAUAUUUGAACAUGAGAAAAAAAGGGAAUUAUUUCAGGCGGAACAUUAAAUCCAAAAAUUAUUUAUUCAGGCCAAAGGGAAAGAACUAUUUACACUGGUUUCAGGUCAGACGCUAUCUGGAUUUCAAUAAAGUCAAAAUUUGCUACAAAUAAUAGAAACCUUACGUGUUAUCGAAACAACAGCUUUCUUGUGCUGGUGACUAGUCAUAAGCUGAACUUCAGGCCCGGUCAGGGGUGGAGUGGAAUAACCAGAAACUCAUACACAACCCCUUAUGAGUUUCUGAAUAUACUCAAUAUCCAAUCCUGAAAUACCAGUGCAAUUCGUAUUCAAAAUACUAUACCAAAGGGUCGUAAAAUAUCUCUAAGGUACUGCAUACUGGAACUUCACAAAGUCAAUUAAUCUUAUACGGCUUUUUCCAGUCACCGAGUAAUGUUAGCAAACUCUUAGCUUAGUUUAGUUUAUUUUAGUUCAUUUAAAUAAAUUUAGUUUAGUUUAGUUCAAAUAGUUUACACAUUUCAUUACUAAAUGUAGUUUUUAUGUAUGAUUUAUGUUUGUGUUUUCUAUUUUUUUUUUUUUUCAGAGAACUCUAACGGGCUCAAUUCAAGUACCUCACUAAGGCGCAGUACAUCUAUAAUUCAGGCUUCAAAGAAGAUAACAUCCAGUGCGAGAUCCCCUCGGCCAAAGGACAACCGACCAAACAACGCCGCAACUACUAGUAAACCACAGAAUCGCCAUCUUGGCCCAGACGUCUCCCAGUCAAUUUCUAAACCCCAGGGGAAUAUAUCCAAAAGCACAAAUGAAGCAAGACCAGCAAGUUCCCAGUCGGUGAAAAGUCUGAAAUUAAGUGGAAUAUCCAAGCCAUCAAAGGAAAACACUGUUAACACCGCAAGUGAGGCAAAAACCACUACUAAGGCAAGACCAGCCAGUUCCCAGUCUGUGAAAAGUCUGAAAUCAAGUGGAAUAUCAAAGUCAUCAAAGGAAAAUACUGUUAACACCACAAGUAAGACAAAAACCAUUACCGAGGUAAGACCAGCAAGUUCCCAGUCAGUGAAAAGUCUGAAAUCAAGUGGAAUAUCCAAGUCAUCAGAGGAAAAUGCUGUUAACACCGCAAAUGAGGCAAGACAACAAAUCUACCAGUCUACAAAGAGACCUCAUUCAAGUCCCACUUUGAAAAAGGGUUUAUCUGAUACCAAGGAUGGAGCAAAACCAACGACGAGCGAGCCUUCAAAGAGGCCAACAUCAAGUCCUACAAAAGUGCUCAAGCAACAGCCGACUAAAAGCUGUCAGCCUGAACGAAUCAGUGCAAGUUCUUCCAUGAAAGAAAAUCUGCCUGUUACAAAGAACAAAGUGAAGGCAACACAAAGAUGUACCCAGGGUACCGUACGGCCCAAGUCGAGCCAAUCUAACGACAAAAACACCUCAAAGACAAAUCAAACGCGCUUUCAGCCUAAAAGCCGACCACGAUCAAGUCCAGCUUUCAAAGGUAAUCCAGCUGAGGCCACCAAUGAGGUNCAAAGAUGUACCCAGGGUACCGUACGGCCCAAGUCGAGCCAAUCUAACGACAAAAACACCUCAAAGACAAAUCAAACGCGCUUUCAGCCUAAAAGCCGACCACGAUCAAGUCCAGCUUUCAAAGGUAAUCCAGCUGAGGCCACCAAUGAGGUGAUCAAACGACCCAUAUCAAAUCGUUUGUCAAAGGGCGAUGUGCCCAAGACAACCAGCAACGUAAAGCGAAAGAGUUGUCCGUCUCUUAAAAGCCCUGUGUCACGUCCUGCUUCUGCAAAGGGUAAUCCAUCCAGAACUGUUGAGACCCGUGUAACGGGGAAGCAAGCAGCUCAGGAAGCAAAGUCCGACCCUACCGAGCAGGUUCUUAAGGACGGAGACACACCCAACAGGGAAGUUGUUGGGGAUAAUUUUCAGUCGACAUCUCAGGUAAUUGAAUAUUCUACACUUGCUUUUAUGGUAACUGUAAACACGAAAACAUAUCUGACAUUUUCUAGUGGAUUCAGUUACGAAUUGUGAAGCUCUAGAGGCAAAGAGCCCUUGCGGGGAGAGUGGGGCAGGUUUUGUGUGUAUGUCUUUAUACAUUAAUUAAACCAAUGUUAAGCACCUGACCAGCAGCCACAAUCAAUAGUGUUUUUUUUUCGCUAUGCUCUCCAGGCGUAGAAUAUCAGUAGAAAUAGGUCCAUACAAGUUGCAAUAUCUUUUUGUAGAUUCUCGUAUCACACAACAACCAAAUAAUGUAACAAAAAACGAAACAUAUUUCCUUUACGAUGCAGAACACUUGCUGAUUGUGAUUAUUGUAAGUGAACUGACAAAUAAUACGCUUUUUUCUUUUAACAGGAGUCCGCUGCUUCGGAGGCGGAGCUAGACUAUUUCGUCGCUGAGAUUCUCCAGUCGCAGUUGAACCUCGUUCAAAACGAGCCAUCUCCAGAGAAGAGUCCUAAAGCUUUAAACUCACAGCCUUCUACCAUGAGCUCACCUACUGCAGGGCCAGGUAACUAAAUAAACACUUCUACGGCUAUCAGACUUUUCUAUUCAUUCCCGUUCAAAACCAGGAAAGGUCUCCACUAUGUAAGCUUAUUAUGAAGGGAACCAAGAAGAAAGUGUGAAAAAGAUAGCAUGCAAAAGAUAGCAUGCCUUUUCUAAUUAAUACGCAUAUAGCCUUAAUAUAAACAUUGCUAAUUUGAAUUGCCAAUAUUUAAAAACUGAUCUCGGGACCAUUUGUACUAAAACUUUAAAAAAAGUUUGCCUUUUGCCUUUUUAGAGGAAGAAUGACUUUCCAGUCCAACCUUGUUGGUAUUGUUUUUGUUUGGUUCUUAUUUGUGAAAAAAAUCUUCCCUUGCAGCUCCUAAACAAGGCGCGUCAUUCGUGGGCACUCCGAAAGAUGCUACCAUCGAGGAUGAUGGUAGCGGCUGUCAAGAGGGAACCAACAGCUCCACAGAAGUUUCUAAUGUCGGUGAAGCGGAGAUAACGGCCGGCGACUCCAAAAUCAUUCAAUCUCCUUCAACUCCGACUGGCAUAGAGGAUAACGAGAAAGCCGAAGAGACCGGCAGUACAUCGCUUACUACAGGUGAUGUUUUGACCAUCUUUCCAAAGGAAACUCCUCAUAUCGAUUCCGUGGAGCUCAUGGGAGUGCCCAAGCCUGUCCAAGAUGGUCCAUCUCGAACGGACUCAACCACCCCCAUGAAUUUUGACUGGGUUGAUGAAAGAAAGAGUCCUGGCCCCAUGAGAUCGUCCCCAGGUGCAACGAAAUCUCAAGAAAAGAUUAAUUUGGCNAGAGGGAACCAACAGCUCCACAGAAGUUUCUAAUGUCGGUGAAGCGGAGAUAACGGCCGGCGACUCCAAAAUCAUUCAAUCUCCUUCAACUCCGACUGGCAUAGAGGAUAACGAGAAAGCCGAAGAGACCGGCAGUACAUCGCUUACUACAGGUGAUGUUUUGACCAUCUUUCCAAAGGAAACUCCUCAUAUCGAUUCCGUGGAGCUCAUGGGAGUGCCCAAGCCUGUCCAAGAUGGUCCAUCUCGAACGGACUCAACCACCCCCAUGAAUUUUGACUGGGUUGAUGAAAGAAAGAGUCCUGGCCCCAUGAGAUCGUCCCCAGGUGCAACGAAAUCUCAAGAAAAGAUUAAUUUGGCGGUCGAGCGUAAGAGUAGCAAGACGUCCAUCGAUGGAAGAAAAUCAUCUCGUACCCUGACAGCUUCUAGGUCGAGUGCAAAGAUUAGCAACUUGUCAGACGGGGAUUCUGGAGAAGCUACUUGCUUAACCAGUAGGCCUUGCAGUAGUCGUUCCGCUACAGAUACCUCAAUUAGCUUAAACCAUCGGAAAUUAGGUCAGAGGCCCUUGUCUGCUGCAAAAGUGCCAGGAAAAUCAAAGUCGAGUGAGAACAAUCCACAUUCAAGCGCGAGGUCAUUUUCUGAUCCAAGGGUGUCUGAUGCAACAAAGUCACUAACACCAAGCAGAAAAUCGUCUCAUGGUCAGGUGCUAGUUAAAAGCGCCGAACGAAGUUUAUCUUCAUCCAGGGCGAAAAGUGGAGCGAAAAAAGAACGAUUGACACCGACGAGUCUAAGGGGUGAGUUCAAAGAUGAAAAAGGCUGUAAAAUAGGCGGCUCUCAAGAAAUGAGUGGAAGAGUCUCCUCAGCCACAUUGUCAAAGCGGUCAGUGAGCCGCAGCUCAUCCAAAUCUGAAAUAAUAUCCCCUACACCUUCCGUUGUGAAGAAAGAACUGGAGAAGUCUAAGUCUAAUGACAAGAUACACCAAACACCGAAUGAAAAGAAAGGUGUGGUUAAGGAACAGUCUUCCUGUUAUGAACGAGUAGAAAACGCUAAAUCAAACGAUGAAGGAACGAUUAACAGACGCCACAGUCAGAAUAGCCCAUCCACAAGCAGUCUGCCCAUAAAAGAUUUGGAAAAACGUCCGAAAAGCGGAAGAUCAAUUAACAUGGGGAGUAAUGCUUCUAUUGUCAAGUCUGAGGAGCGCUUGAGUAACCCUCGAAAUUCAUUAUCACAGAAUUCAAUAAAGGGGAGGGUACUGUCUCCACCACAAAAGAGAGAUGAACGUUCUGGAAGUGCUCGUAGUUUGAAACAAUCUCCAAAAAAAUUUGAAGUAUUAGAGUCUUCGAAAACGUUGCAGUUUUCCUCUCCUUCUUACCCAGAGGUGCGAUCGAGAAACUCACGAAGUAAAACCUCACUGAACAAGAUGGAAGUGUUAAACACUGAUUACGUACAAAAUUGCUGA